AUGUUAGGUCAAUCGAUACAACAAAAACAAGAUACAUUACAAUUAACAAUAAAACGAACGGCAAUCAAUUCUUACGGCCGUCUUGGUUCAUUAUAUGAUGGAUGUCAAGAUCAAAUUGUUGGUAUAUUGGAUAUAACUUUCGAAGAAUCAUUAAUUCAAUUUUAUCAUAAAACACGAUGCAUUCUUGAAAAAGGUGAUAAAAAUCAUAAACGAAAUCUUCUUGAAUUGAUUAAUAUUGAUGAACAAUUGCGAUUAAGUCUCUUACUUAAUCUAACAUCAAAAACUGGCAUUGCUGAAAUUAUUGAUUAUCCAUAUAUAAUAAAUGAAUAUACUCGUAUUUUACAUUAUACUUAUAUUGAUCGAGAAGAACGAUUUCCUGAUGAAAUAGAAAAAAUUCGAGAACGACUUGAAUCUUGUCUAACUAAAACAAAUGCUACUCAUCUUAUAACUGGUAUCUGUUGGGGUAUUGAUAUUAUUGUUAUUUUACAACUUCCACAAGAAGAUAAUAUUAUUACGAUGAUUGAUGUUAUACUUGAAAAAUAUCGAGCAUAUUUAAAUGGUGAUUGUAAUGAUUUUAAAUUAACUCGAGAUGAUGUUAAUUCAUAUAAACAUAUUAUUAAUACAAAAAUUUAUUCGAAUAUACCAGCUAUAACUGAAAUGACAACUUUACAUAAUAUAUUUCAUAGUAUAUCUCGUUUAAGAACUGAUCCUACUAAAUAUCAACAAUUGUAUUAUAUUCUAUGUCCUGUAUCAAAUACAAGUGAUACUCAUGUAGAUUCAAUAAAAAAUAUUCAUUUUGAACAAUAUUUAUAUGAAUUAUCGAUUUCAAUGAAAAUUAUUGAAAGAUGUUUUAAAGAAGAUAUGCCAAGUCUUUUAUGUGGACAUUUUAAAGAACGUUAUUCUAAUGCAUAUAAACAAUGGUUAGAUAUCAAAAAUGAAUAUAGAAAUCUAAUUGAACAAUUAGCUAAAUUAAUUAUUGAAAUUCGUUAUAGUCAAAAUCAAAAUAUCAUAUUAGAUAAAAUUCUUAAUAAUAAAACACAAAUAAUUUUAAAAAAUAAUAUUUCUGAUUUAUUUCAAGAUGUUAUUGAUCUUAAUAAAAAAGGACAUUUAAUUAGUGAUUUAGCUCGUCAAAAUAUACAAUAUUGUAAUGUUAUUGAACGAAAAGUUGAUAAAAAUGAUAAUGAAGAUACAAUGAAACGUAAAUUAAUCAUUGAUGAAAAUACUGAUCGAAUUUUAUGUUCUAAUGAUUUAUUAAAUAAACAAAAUUCAAUACAAUUUAAAAAAUUACAUAAUGAUCUAAUUGAUGAACUUGAUAAUAAUUCGAAAGCACGUCUUAUCUAUGCUGAUUUUUCUUAUUCUACAUAUGAAUUAUAUGAUAUAAUAAUUUUACCAACGAUUAAAAAUGAUAAUAAGAAAAAUAAAUCAAAAUAUAAAGAAAUUUUAUCAUCUAUAGAUAAUCAAAAUAUUUCAACAUCACCAUUGACAAGAACACGUUUACCUGUCACAUCAUCAAAAUUAUCAACUAUGGAAACAAUUAAUAUUCUUCUUCUUGGUGAAACAGGUGUUGGUAAAACUACUUUUAUUAAUGCUCUUGUUAAUUAUCUUACAUUUAAAACAUUUGAGAAAGCUCAAUCUGAGAAACCUAUUGUAGCUAUACCUGUUUCCUUUCGUAUUACUACUGAUGAUAAUGGACAAGAAUAUGAUAUUAAACUUGGAAAUUUAGAUAAAUCAAGUAAUGAAAAUUUUCAAUAUCCUGGUCAAUCAGUUACACAACGUUGUCAAUCACAUAUUUAUCGUCUUCAUAAUAGUGAUGAAACAAAAUUACGUUUUAUUGAUACACCUGGUUUUGGUGACACACGAGGUAUAGAACAAGAUAAUCUUAAUAUGCAACAUAUUAUAGAAUAUCUAAACAAAUUUAAAUAUUUAAAUGCUAUAUGUAUAUUUCUUAAAUCAAAUGAAUCAAGAUUAAAUAUAUAUUUUCGAUCAUGUCUAACUCAAUUAUUUCAUUUAUUAGGUUCAAAUUCUCGUCAUAAUAUUAUUUUUUGUUUUACUAAUUCUCGUUCAACAUUUUAUACACCAGGAAAUACUACUUCAUUAAUUCAACAUAUGAUUUCAUCAUUUUCAAUUAGUGAUAUUCCAUUUCAAAAAAAGAAUACAUUCUGUUUUGAUAAUGAAUCAUUUCGUUAUUUAGUUGCUUUAGAAAAUAAAAUUCAAUUUAAUAAUGAUGAAAAACAAGAAUAUCAAAUAAGUUGGUUAAAUUCAACAAAUGAAGCAUAUCGACUUAUACGUUAUAUUCGUAAAAAACUUUCUCCAUAUUAUAUUCCAAAUAAAUUUGAAUCUAUAAGAUCUGCUGAAAUUGAAAUUGUUCAAAUGAUACAUCCAAUAUUAGAAACAAUAAGAAAUAUUCUUCGAAAAAUUAUAUGUAGUAAUAUGAAUCAAUUAAAAGUAUCAUUUGAAUCAGAUUUAAAUGAUAAUUCUUUACAUAAAAUAGAAAAUAAUAAUUAUUAUAUUAAUCAAAAUUAUCCACAUCAACCAAGUCCAAUUGAAUUUUUACAAGAUUAUAAUAGUUCAAUAAUUGAAAUUCAAAAUAAUAUGAUCGAACAAUUAACAUUAUUAUGUCAUGUUAAUGUUAUAUUUGCUUAUUUUUUAUUACAUAUGGCUCAUUAUUCACAAAGUGAUCCAUUUUUAGAUGGUUUUCUACGAAUGAUUAAUGAAGAAAAUAUUAUUUAUGAAAAUCGAAAUCGAAAUUAUAUAAAUUUACAAAUAGUUGAAGGUUUAAAAAAAUUAACAAAUAAUUAUAAACAACGUAUAGAAAUUCUUAAAUUAAAACUAGACGAAAAUAUUCUUUCAAAUAUUCAUCAAUGGAUUAAAUAUAUGCAUGAAUAUCCACUUAUAUCGGAAUAUAUUAUUGAUAUUUCUCAAGAAAAUUUAACAAAUGAUAAUAAAAUAAUAUCAAUAUAA